AUACAAUAUUUUUACGUGCACAGCAGCAUCAAAUCAAGGCCACGAAAACCCACAGUCCAAACGCACGGCAUAACAACAGCCACAACAACCCUUCCUCUUAUCUCUCUCUCUAUAUAACUACAUCCCCAUCUUCAAUCGUCAUUCCACACCCACUUCCUCAAAUUUCUUCCCUUUUCUUCUUUACCGAUCAAAGACUUCAUUUUUCCAUCUGGGUUUCUCGAAUUUGACUCGAAUUUGCUCGAACAGAUACUCUAGGAAAGGAAACCGCGGUGAAUCUGUGAUUUUUCUUUCGUGGGUUUUUCCCCAAAAAAAAAAAAAAAAAAUGUUAUUUUUCUAAAUUUUCUGGUGGAUUCUUUGGUGGGUUUAUGAGCUUUUAGAGAAAAAGACAGUAGAUAGAAGAAUAUCUGUUGGGGGUAAUACCCAGGGUUGACGAGUUGUAGACAUCACGGCUAUACACGGAGUUCCUCGGCCCCUCGUUCAUGUCCGGGCUGUACGACGCAAGGGUUGUGUAAUCGAGAGCAACCCUUCGCCGCACGGCGGGCGUGGCGCUUUGCCUUCUGAAGGCGGUAGUCCAUCCGACCUCCUCUUCCUUGCCGGCGGUGGUUCCUCAUCUUCCUCUACGUACUUACUAUAUUAGCUAGCUUUGUAGAAUUCUAAGUUUUAGCUUAGAGUAUUAAGAUUAUCUAUAAAGCAAGUAGAAUCUUUGAUUAAGCACAAGAAUAAUUGUUUAGUGGGUUUGAGUUGGCUGUGUGUUAAUCUACCGAAAAUAUAAGCGAGCAAAGAUGUUGAGCAUCAGGAGAGUUCCCACCGUUGUUUCGAAUUAUCAAAAGGAUGAGGGGGAGGAGGGUGCUCGCCGUGCUGGGGGUUGUGGCCGCAACUGCCUCAAUAAUUGUUGCCUUCCAGGGGCAAAACUUCCGCUGUAUGCGUUCAAGAAACUGAACAAGGCUGUUAGUGACGUGAAUUUGGACGUGCAUGAGAAUAGAGAGCCUCCCGUUGCUUUUCUUGACUCGCUGCUUCUUGGGGAGUGGGAGGAUCGCAUGCAGAGAGGGCUAUUUCGAUAUGAUGUCACAGCCUGUGAAACCAAGGUGAUUCCGGGUGAGUAUGGUUUCAUUGCUCAGCUGAAUGAGGGCCGCCACCUCAAGAAGAGGCCAACUGAGUUCCGAGUUGAUAAGGUCCUCCAGCCCUUUGAUGGGAACAAAUUCAACUUCACCAAAGUUGGGCAAGAAGAGGUUCUCUUCCAGUUUGAAGCAAGUGAAGAUGGUGAAGUUCAGUUCUUCCCUAAUGCACCCAUUGAUGCUGAGCAUUCUCCAAGUGUUGUUGCCAUCAAUGUCAGUCCAAUUGAAUAUGGCCAUGUGCUGCUGAUCCCUCGACUUUUUGAGCGUUUGCCACAGAGGAUUGACCAUGAAAGCUUCUUGCUUGCACUUAACAUGGCAGUAGAAGCAGGAAAUCCAUACUUUCGGUUGGGUUACAACAGCUUAGGUGCAUUUGCUACAAUCAAUCACCUUCACUUCCAGGCUUACUACUUGGCCGUUCCCUUUCCCAUUGAGAAGGCUCCCACCAAGAAAAUAAUCAAGUUGGACGGUGGGGUGAAGGUCUCCGAGCUGUUGAACUAUCCGGUUAGAGGUCUUGUCUUUGAGGGUGGAAAUACAGUGGAUCAUUUAUCUAAUGCUGUUUCUGAUGCCUGCAUUUGCCUCCAGAGUAACAACAUACCUUACAAUGUCCUCAUCUCUGAUUGUGGAAGGCGAGUCUUUCUCUUACCACAGUGUUAUGCUGAGAAACAAGCACUUGGGGAAGUGAGUGCUGAGCUUCUGGACACUCAAGUGAAUCCUGCUGUGUGGGAAAUUAGUGGGCAUAUGGUGUUGAAGAGAAGGAAGGACUAUGAAGAGGCAUCUGAGGGAAAUGCUUGGAGGCUCCUUGCAGAGGUCUCCCUUUCUAAAGAGAGGUUCCAAGAAGUGAAUGCUCUCAUUUUCGAAGCUAUCACUUCUGGUGAUAAUGGAAGCGGAAAUGCACAUGGGGGGCAGGAUCCUGAAUCUCAUACUCAUGAAAAAGUGGAUGCCAUCAAAAAAAGCUCCCACCCUACUAUGGUGGCUGGGACGCAAGAGUGCCUUGUUCUGCAGUAAAAUUCGCACUGUGAUGAGCGAUUAUGGUAAUUAUAAUCUAGUAUUUGUAGUCAGCCAUGUGGGUUUGCGGCUGAACUUUAGUUGAUGCUAGACAUUACCUAAAUAAGCAAACUGAGUUUGCAUUGUUUGUCGCUGUAUUAUAGUUUGCGUUUUCUGCAUAUGGGCUUUGUGUUGUUUGGCUUUUGUUUUUUCUCAUGUGUGUUUGUGGGUCGCUUUGUAAAAUACUUUGUAAUGGUUGCUAUAAUGGCUGCCAUUUGGAGUGAAUAAAAAGCUUGUGAUCCUGUAUUUUAAGUGAAUAAAAGCUUGUGAUUAUGUAUUUAA